AUGGCGAACCAGUUCCCACCAGUUCCAAAACCUGGUGAGGGUGAGCCGAUCGUUUUCCUCGAUGUCACACUUGGAGGUGAACCACUAGGUCGACUAAAACUCCAUCUCUUCAGCCGCAGCCAUCCACGCACCAGCGAAAACUUCCGCCAAUUCUGCACAGGCGAAUACAAGAAUCCACAAACCGGCAAACCCAUGGGCUACAAAGGCACCAAAUUCCAUCGAAUCAUCAAAGGUUUCAUCCUUCAAGGCGGCGAUAUUGUGCAUCCAGAUGUCUCCUCUCUGAUAGGUACUGGCAGUACAUCGAUCUACAACUCACGUCCGUUCUCCGACGAACCGCCUUUUCUACCACAUACCAUACCAGGAUUGCUGAGUAUGGCGAACAGUGGACCGAACACGAAUGGCAGUCAGUUCUUUAUCACGUGUGCAGCCGCGCCGCAUUUGGAUGGCAAGCAUGUCGUGUUUGGACAGGUGUGUGACGAGGCAGGGAUGCAGGUGGUGAGAAAGAUCGAAAAUGUGAGGGUGCAGGCUGGAGGAGAGGGGAGACCACAGAUUGAGAUCAAAGUUAGUGAGUGUGGUGAGAUGUGA